AUGGCUCAAAAACACAACUUCAAUGUCGAGCCAGUGGCUCGUUUCACGGGUUUGAAUGCGGCAAUUCGAAGGCCACGCGAAAUCGCAUACUUUUCCUAUGACGAAGACCAUAACUUUCGGCUUGACGCCUCGAGCCUGCGUUACUACUACCCACCUGCACUGCCCUGCGAUCUCAGCAAAGGGUUUGAGACGUUCCGGCAACUCGAUGAUUCUGACGAUGACCAUCUGGAUGGUCUCCUGGAAGCGAUCAUAGCGUACGAGAAAGAGAAGGGCUCCAAAACGGAAAUCGACGUUGUGACAUGGAGAGGAAUGAUGACCAAGUUGAUGAUAGUUCCCUUCUCCAAGUUGGAUGACUGGGAAAUGAAUGUCACCUUAUUCCAAGGCACCCUCUUUAUCGAGGAAAAUCACACCAAGAAAAUUUCCUCUCGCGAACAACAGUAUUCAUCUGCGGGACGACCGGGAGCAAUGUCCCAAGACCUCAUGAGCUUCUGGGGAUACAAGUUCGAGACUGUCUCCCUGAUGCCAGCCUCAUGGCCUGAAACUUCUCGAGAGUACAUUGAAUCCCGAGAAGAUCUGAUAGUGAGCAACUACGCUCAAUAUUGCUCCAUCGUCCGGACUGGCUUCGGGAAGGUUAAGAUGAUUCUCGGUGGAGAAGUGGACGCCGUCAUGGCCUUCAAGCCGGAAGACAAAUCGCAGCCGAUCGACUGGGUAGAGCUCAAGACGACAGCCACCAUCACUAACGAGAGAGAGCAUAUCAAAUAUGAGAGGAAACUCCUGAAAUUUUGGGCACAAUCGUUCCUGCUCGGAGUACCCAAGAUCAUUGUUGGAUAUCGAACUCAGCAAGGUAUAUUGGAACGUCUUGAAGAGUUGAACGUGCAGAAUAUUCCAGACAAUAUCAAGUUGAAGGGCAGGGGUUUGUGGGACGGACAAACCUGCAUCAACUUCGCCGCAAGCUUCCUGGAGUGUGAGCACAUGGUUGACUAUGCGGCGGACCUUGCUGACUUCGAAACAGGGCUUAAAACUACCAUCACUUCUGACGGAGUUUGGCGGGUCCGAAAGCGAGAAAAGUACCCUGUACUGGAGGUCCUCAAGGUCGAAGAGUCAGGGCACGGCGACAUCUUGUCCUCGGCUUUUGUCGAGUGGCGGACCACCGGCCUCCAAUCUCACCAGCAACAUUUGCUGGAGCUGAGAGGCGACACCGGCCUGGAGGCAUCUGAACCUCCGUGA